AUGUGUUUUUCUCGAUUUCGGGUGAAGCGGACCGUGCAUCUAGGUUUGUCGCUGAAAGGAUAGGUAAAAGGUAAUUAUUCACAUCUUGCAGCAACUGUAUCGUGUCACUGCCGUGGUAUCAUAGCAACAACAGUUAAGAAUCAUAAUAUCGGUAACUUCGGCAAUAUCCCAAAUCACCCUUGCUUGCCAGCACAAAACUCACCAUCACAAACUCCACGAUUAGGCUGCUGACAGACGCACUCCGAGCCAACGCGGGCGCGCCGAAUAAAGGAAAAGCAUUCGCAAGAGACGCAGGUAAACUGGAAACCUCCAUGGAAACUACAACGUGGUAUUAGCUCGUGACUGAAAACGGCUGGCAAGUCCCCUGUCAAAUGGACUUUAAUGGAGUGCACGCCAGUUUUCCCCACACGAGAUACCUACCCGUGAAUAGAGAAACUUUAUGCUGAACGCCGAAAGAUGAAAAAUGGAAUGACCACGGUUUUCUUCUGCGGUAGAGAUUCUCAUGUCUUCCUUGGAUGAGUGACGGCCCAUCUGUCCUACCCUGAUCAUGAUAGCAACGGGUGGGCUGCUCCGGAUCUCGGCCAGACGACAGGACUCGCUCAGGUCGAAGAAUCGAGCGGAGAACAAGCGCAAGAGGAAAGCCAAGAAGAAGAGGAAGAAUGAUGUGGUGGUGGUCAAAGGGAAACUCAAGCUCUGCUCCAUCUCAGGGCUGGUCGCCGCUGUGGGGAUCCUAGUGCUGCUGGUGGGAAUCUCCAUGGCUGUGCUGGGAUACUGGCCGAAAGACAGCCCGGUUUACCAAAACCUGCAGGCGUCCAAGCCUAAACCCAUGAGGACCCGUGACAAAACACUGUCUGUGUCCACCAACUGGACGAGCAAUAGUCAGGGUGCAAACCAUGUGGAUGAACACCUCAUCAGUAUCAAUUACACUAAUGGCACCACCCCUACAGAUACUCCUCCAACCUUAGGCUUCUUUGCAGAGUUCUUAGCCAGGUAUAUGUACUCAGAUAGACUGAAGGUGUUUGGCCCUCUCAUAAUGGGCAUUGGAAUUUUCCUUUUCAUUUGUGCCAAUGCAGUGCUGCAUGAGAACAGAGACAAAAAGACCAAAAUCAUCAACCUUAGGGACAUUUACUCAACAGUAAUCGACAUCCACAGCCUGCGGACCAAGGACUGCACCCCGCUCAAUGGCUUCGUGAACUAUGUGCAGUCAAGGAGCAUAGAGGGAAAACCAAGCUCCGCCUACAGCGCCGCCAUGCUCGCCAAGACCUCCUGGCCCUCCACGCUGCCGGGCAAACUGCAGGAGCAGGGCGUCGGCAACCAGUCAAAGCGCCAAUCUUUUGCGAAGCAGCGCAGCUUGUCUCGGGAGAGGCAGACGUUCACCGAAACGGUCUACAGCAUAUACAGGGAGCAAAACAGGACAGUUGACCAGGUGCCCAUACCCAAGCAGUGGGAGACGAGGUCCAUAGUCACCUCCUCCAUUAAUGCUUUCACUCUCCCGAUGAUCAAACUCAACAGCUGUGCUCUGGACGAAGGCAACCGUUUGGGGAAAGCAGAGAGAGAGAAAGACUCUAAAGACAAGGCGACGCUUUGUGAGCCCGAGCAGGCCCUGGCAGGCCGCGGCGUCGCCCACGCCGAGACCUCGCAGAGCAGCAGGCUUGCUCCUCAGGACUCGGUGGACGUGUAUAAGAGCACGGGCAGCCUGCAGGGGGUGCCCCGGGCGUCUUUGCAGGGGUCACAGGUGCAGCUGCUACCCUCGUCGCCGGGUCGGAGGCUGACGGGGUCGCACUUGUCUCUCAGCGCCCUCUCCGACUACUCCAGGUCAGUCGACCUCGGCAUCUGUCCGUCGCCGGCCGCCGAGUGGCAGGUGGAGAGGCCGCGGCGCCUCAGCUGUCCUCGGCUGGACUGCGCCAACAGUAAGGGCUACAUAAAACUGGGGGACCUGGGAGGGGAGUCUUUCGAGUCCUCUGAGGUGGUGGCCUCCCGCCAGGAAGUCUCAGAGGAAGCACUGGCAAGGCGUCUGAGACAGGCAGUUGCCCCCGAUCAGAAGGGAGGCAAUGCUUACGAACUGCAGCGCGAAAUCACAAAGCAAUACUCCAAUAAGGAAAAGCUGUUGAUGAUCGCCAAAUCAGACAUUACGUUGGACGACGACGAAGUUGAAAGCACCGGCAUUUGAAGGAAAAUGUAAUAAAGUUUAUUUGCACAAGGGGAACAGAUUAGGGAGUUGCAAAGGACACUUCAUGGAUUAUUUGUCAACUGAUCCACUAAAAUCACUCGGACAUUUCUCAGCUCUUUGCCAUUUAUCAUGCAAUCAACCAUUGCUA